CGCCAAUUCCCUCUCUCUCGCACUCCUAUAAACCUUAAUUAUCCAUCGCACUCUGUCCCUUCGCGUACAUUCGAAAACGCACACGCAAGAUUCAACGCCAGUCGCUAAAACCGCAUAAGUGAAGAGACUUGUCCUGUAAGUGCUUUCUUUGUUCCCUUUGUCCAGCAAAUUUUAGCCGCCACGCUCGUCCGCCAUUUCUAUAAACUGCCACUCGAAUUUUCCCCUGCCUCAAAUACCGCAAACGCAACCAAAAGUUUGGUCCUUAACGAACCUUGGAUGGAACCAUUUCUUAAUAAUAAUAUUCAAUUUUGGCCACAAAUAUUGGCCACUUCAAUCUCGCUAUAAUAUUUCACGCAAUUAACGCAACGCAGGUCCUUCGGUAAAAUAUCUUGAUUAAAGUAUACUUACUUAUUUCGCAUACGCAAAUUACUUAUGUCGCAAUACUUACUUACUUCGCAUACGCAAAUUACAGGGAAAAUCGAGUGUACCUACUUAUUAUAGUAUUAAUUACUACGCAACGCUAUAUAGAACGAUAUUAAUAUAUCGUAUCAUUUAAAACGCAGAAAAGACUUUCUUACAGUGCAAUAUUUACAGUGCAGUAGGUACCUAUAUACAGCGCAGUGCAUUUAAAUCGAAUCACAAAACCUAAAUUAGUUCGCAAAAAAGGUUAAGUGAAUCACAUAAGUUAUAAAUCGAAUAGGUAAAUUCCGUACGCCAGGUUGCUUUUACCUACCUACAUAUCAUAAUUUUAUUGCCAACCGUAGGUACGCCGUGUUCUAUUCAGAAUGGAAUAGGUACAUGUUGUUUACGCUAACGAGCGACUUCAAUAAGUUUAUACCUACUUGUUCUAAGGCGUGAUAUUAUACUCGCUUACCCACUCAAGUAUAAAAUUUAAUUUUUACCUACGAGUACGGGUCGUAUGAAUUGAAUCGGUAAGUAAGUACGUACGUUGUUCUCGUAAGCUGGAUAUUUUAUUUCUAUCUACCUACUUAGUUUUAUUUUAUUAUUCACUUUACGUAUUGUAUAUGAAUUGAAUACCUACUUUGUGCCGCGGUUAAUCUCGAGUUAAAAACAUGUCGAAAGGAGAAUGUUCAACCCCGAAAGUGAGUGCAGAGGUGUUAAUUUUGGAAGCUCAGGUUGGGGCUUAUUUUGCAAAUAUGCAGUCUAUUUAUAACGCAUCGCAACAUACGAAAAGUGAAGAUGAAAUUAAAUACUUUUUGUCGAAAGCCGCUAAUAUAAAUAAUUUACGCACAGAAUACAUAAACCUUGUUAAAGAUUUAAAUAUGGCUCGUAUCCGCAAUAAUCCAGAAUAUGUCGCGAAUUUUCAAUCUUUAAUUGCAUUCGAAGAUUUGUUUUCGUCCGUUCAAUAUAAGUUGAAUGAAUGUGCGCCUUCCACAUCAACGCCGAAUAAUUACCCAGUUGUGACGUCAUGGAAGCCUAAAGUAAAAUUGCCACCCAUAACUUUACCUAAGUUUAAUGGAGAUAUAAAACAAUGGACUAUCUUUUAUGAAUGUUUUAAUACCACAAUUCACAAAAAUAAAGAUCUUAGUAAUUCUGAAAAAUUGCAUUAUUUAUUAGGCCAACUCUCGGAUACCGCCUUGACGUCCAUAGCUGGAAUCGAACCCGCUGGAGAAAACUAUGAGCUUAUUUACUCAACACUGGUGGAUAAAUAUCAGGAUAUCCGCGCUUUAGGUUAUAGCUAUCUAGAUCAAGUGCUUAACUUUAAACAGUUACAAUCAUCGCAUAAUUUAAACUCGUUUUUAGAUGUUUGUGGGACAUCAAUCGCAGCGUUUGAAAAGUUGGAUAUAAAGAAUAAGGCUGACUUUAUUUAUUUAUAUUUAGCUUUAAAAAAGGUAGAUAAGGAGACUGCCCGCUUGUAUGAAAAUUAUAUACGCUCGGAAAAAGUACCUACUUUUGAUAAUUUUAUUAAAUUUAUAAAGGAACAAGCUAAAAUAAAUGAUAGAAUUCCUGAGAACACUCAUCGCACGCCAAGUGAAAAUAAAAAUUGGCGCCAACGCACAAUCCCUUCGCCACGAAAUAUACCCUCUUCAAGUACAUCUAAAUCAUUUGUUAUUUCGGUUGAUAAUAAGAAUCAGUAUUGCCCGCUUUGUAAAACUGAUACGCACAAACAUUUUUACCGCUGUCCUAAAUUUUUAAAAUUGACGCCGCAAGAACGAUAUAAGGUAGUGAAGGCUAACCAAUCCUGCACAGUUUGUUUGUCAUUCCUGCAUAAAAACCGGUUAUGCCGUUCGGAUAAAUCCUGUUUUUCCUGUAUGAACCCAUACCACCACACUCUGCUCCAUAUGUCUAGUCCAAACGAAACUUCUGGACCUAAGGGUGAUCGCACACCUGCAGAUAAGGGUGAUCGCACAUCUGCGGACCCUUCGGAUACAAAAUCACAAAGUCAAACUGCAGUCUCGCUUUGCUCGCUUAAUACUAGUAUACCAAUGCGCACAACCGUUUUGCUGGCAACUGCGUGCGUCCGCGCUUUAGACUCACGUGGGACAGAAAACACUCUCAAAUGUCUUAUUGACAAUGCAUCGCAACACAACUAUAUAACAAAUGAUUGUGUCAAACGCUUAAAUUUGCACAUAGAGAACCUGACACAUCCCGCGUCUGUGAACGGGUUUGGGGGUACCUCUAGCAAAAUUAAGGGUAUAAGUCGCAUAACAAUAUUUUCACGCUUUAAUAAUAAAUCAUAUUCGCUCACGCCGUUGAUUGUUGACAAAAUCACAGAUCACUUACCUACAUCGCCAGUAGAAAGGUCGCUGCUCAAUUAUUUAGAGAGCGUACCACUCGCAGACAAUACGUAUCACCUUCCAAGUAAGGUUGAUAUGAUUUUAGACGCGCAAAUGUUUACGCAAAUUCUGCUAUCAGGCCGCGUUGCGGCUCCGCCUGGUAUGCCUCACGCUUUACAAACCACGCUUGGAUAUAUUUUGAUGGGCACAGCCCCGCUAACGCAAUCAGUUUCCCCUUCGCAAACGCAAACGCUAUGUGCUAUUACUAAUGAACGCUUAGAUAAUUCUUUACGCAACUUUUUUGAAUUGGAGGAUGUACCUUCCCCUAAGAGUAAUUUCCUUAGCACGGAAGAACAAGAAUGCGAAGAUAUUUAUAAAAAUACGACAGAACGCGAUUCUCACGGUCGAUAUAUUGUAGCUUUGCCGUUUAAGUCCGACCCUAGUGUGUUGGGUAACGCUUCGCUAAACGCAGAAAAACGCUUUAAUUAUUUAGAACGCAAAUUAGAAAAAUCACCUUCUUUACGCGACGCUUAUAAUAACAUUAUUGAUGAAUAUUUGGAAAAAGACUACUUGAGUCCAGUAACGCAAACUUGCUCUGACGUACAAUACGUUAUUCCGCACCACGGCGUUCAACGCGACGAUAAAGUUUCUACUAAAGUCAGAAUCGUUCUCGAUGCUUCUGCCGUUGAAAAUGACACUAGCUUAAACUCGCUAUUACAUAAAGGUCCUAAUUUACAAUCGGAUUUAUUUAUGCUAUUACUAAAUUUUCGCUUAUUUAAAAUUGCUAUUUGUGCAGACAUCAAACAGAUGUAUUUACAAUUAAAAGUUCAUCCAGAAUUUUAUAAAUUUCAAAGAAUUUUUUAUCGCUUUUGCAAAGAUGAUCCUUUGCAAUUAUUUGAAUUUAAACGCGUAUGCUUUGGCCUCGCUUCAAGUCCCUUUCUUGCGCUUCGCACAUUAAAGCAGUUAGCUGAAGACGAAGGCAAAAAAUACCCGUUAGCUGCUGCCGUAAUAAAUGCAGGUCAAUUUUACAUGGAUGACGUCAUAUGUACAACGCACACCGUAGAAGACGCAAUUGAGUUGGCCGACCAAUUAUCGGAAAUGUUCGCAGCGGGUUGCUUCGAUUUAUUAAAAUGGUCAAGCAAUUCAUCGCAAUUUCUUGAACAUUAUCCUAAAGAACUUUUGCAUCCUUCGCUUGCUAUUAGCUUUGAACCCGAAUCUAGUCAGAAGGUUUUAGGGGUUAAGUGGGAACCUCAUAAAGAUUUGUUUACUUUUGACUUUGCACCUAAAGAAAUGAAAUGCACUAAACGCAACAUGUUGUCGGUCAUUGCUCAGUUAUUUGACGUUCUCGGAUUUGUAGCACCUGUAAUAUUAUUCGCAAAAUUACUAAUUAAAGAGCUUUGGCUUUUAAAAAUUGACUGGGACGAGGAGCCUCCCGCACAUAUUGCACAAACUUGGCUAAAAUUCCAAAGCGAGUUGCACAUUUUAUCUCAAAUAUCGAUACCUAGACAUAUCGGUAUAACGCAAAACUGUGAAAUAAAUUUAAUUGCUUUCUCGGAUGCAAGUGAAAAGGCUUAUGGUGCAGUCUUAUAUAUUCACGCAAGCACACCAGACGGAAUCGUUGUUAGUUUACUCUGUGCCAAGUCCAAGGUCGCACCAAUUAAAACAGUAUCGCUUGCUCGCUUGGAACUAUGUGCAGCUUAUUUGCUUUCUAAGUUGGUACGCGCUGUGUUGACAAAUUAUUGUUCUCGCAUUACUAUUGCUCGCACAUACGCAUUCUCGGACUCGACAGUCGCUCUCAAUUGGAUAAAUUCCAGUCCGCAUAAACUAAAAACAUUCGUCGCUAAUCGGGUAUCGAAAAUUCAAAAUAAUUUAGCUCCGGAAAACUUCUUCCACGUUUCUGGUAAAGAAAACCCAAGUGACUGUUUGUCUCGUGGUUUAACUCCCGCUCAACUUGCUUCUCAUCCUUUAUGGUUUAGCGGCCCAACUUGGAUGCGCGAAAGCUGUAAAGAUUGGCCCGUUAAGCAAUUCGCUCCAGAUUUAAAUGAUUUACCUGAGACUAAAACAGUCGUAUUAAAUAAUGUCUUACCAGAAAAGCCUCUUAUAUUGACUAUCGCGGAACGCUCGUCCAAUUGGUCGAAAUUGCUACGUAUCUUUGUGUACAUUUUACGUUUUUCUAAACGCAUAAUUACUCGCGGAUUAAUAACCGCGGAGGACUUAAAUGCCGCUGAAUUGUUUAUCAUUCGCUCGCUUCAAGAAGUUUAUUUCGCUGAAUAUAUAGAAGCCUUAAACAAAGGUACGGCUUUACCGCGCGCUAUAAGAAAAUUACGUCCCAUAUUAGUAGACGGAAUUAUACGCGUUGGUGGACGUUUAUCUGCCUGCAAGGAUAUUUCGUUUGAUCAUAAACAUCCUAUUUUGCUUCCUAGCAAGGAUCAUAUUGUUAAUUUAAUAAUCGAAUACGUUCAUCGCAUUAGUUGUCACGCUGGUUCGCAACUCACAUUAUAUUUAAUACGCAAAAAAUAUUGGAUCCUUUCCACACGGAGAAUCGUCCGCGCUCGCAUACUGAAUACAACACUUCUCCAAGUUCUGCCCGCUGCAGACGUCGCUAAUGAAAAUUCUCGCUUACUCUCACGCUUUUCGCUUUUAGAUAAAUUAGUACAAUCAUAUUGGAAACGCUGGCGAGAAGAAUAUUUACAAACGCUACAGGUUCGAGCAAAAUGGAAUACGGAAUCUCGACCAGUAAAAGUCGGUACAAUAGUUUUAAUCAAUCAGAAUUGCGCACCACUGCACUGGCCGUUAGGCAAAGUCGAGAAAGUCUUUCCAGGCCCAGAUGGCCGUAUUAGAGUCGCUUUAGUUAGAACAAAGAAUGGUACACUCGAACGACCUGUAGUGCGCUUAUGCCCACUUCCUGUUGAACUUAAUAAUUAAUCUGUUCUAAGUUACGCAAUUUAUAUUUUUAGUUUCUAGUUAUUACUAUUUAAUCUCUCUUAGAUAAUUAAUGCUCAGUAAGGUUAAUCGCUGUCCUAGUCAUGGAUAUUUUAAUUUUAUAUACUCUUUAUUUAAUAGUGUUUUCUUGAAACGACGUUUCAAGGGGCGGGAGCUAUGUUUGCGCCAAUUCCCUCUCUCU